CUCAUCCCAUGCAAACCAAGAGUAGACUGGAAAAGUAUUAGAUAAAAAAAGCCCAUGUGUAUUCCUUACAUAGCUCCUCUUUCCGUCUCCCCACCGCCAAGUUCCACCUCUCUCUCUCUCUCUCUCUCAUGUCUCACCCAUACCACCUCCUCUUCUCUUUUCUCCUCUUUCUCUUCCUAACCAAAACCAAUGGCAAUCCUGUAAAUUCAAGCAUCCCCAACUGCCCCUCUCCCACAUGUGGAAACCUCACCAUCAAAUACCCUUUCUGGCUUUCCAGCCAAAACCCAGAUUUCUGUGGCUACCCAAGUUUCAACUUCACCUGCAACAACCAACAAAAACUCAUCUUCCAUCUCCCCAACGACAGUUACUACGUUACAAAUAUCAAUUAUUCCAGAAAUACCCUCACCCUCGUCGACAUCGACGUGAUCGGCAAAACAUGCCCGAGAGCCCGCCACAACGUUUCCCUAGAACCGGUGAUCCCGCACUUAAAUUACAGUGCACUCGACGAGAAUCUGACCUUUUAUUUCAACUGCACUGACUACCAUUCAUUGGAUGGGGAUCUUCCUUGCUUGAGCAACGAUCAAAAUCACUCGUUUAUGUUUAGAGCCGGAAGCAUUCCGGAGUUUGAUUGGUUCCGGUAUUGUGAGGACUGUGUGGUUGCACCGGUUCUGGAAUCUGAGGCAAACGUUAUGUCCACAGGCGCGUUUGGUGGGGUUUUGGAAAAGGGGUUUGAAUUGGGUUGGAGCUCGGUUCUUAACUGUGCGGCGUGCGAGGAAUCUGAGGGGUAUUGCGGGAAUAACAAAAGCAACGGCGAGUUCAUAUGCUUCUGCAAGGAUGGCCCACAUCCCAGAUCUUGUUACCGCGGUACGUGUGUGUCAAUCCAGACCAUUCAUUUUGUGGGCUUUAUUUUAGAUGGAGCUAGAUCUGAAGUCAUGCUGAUCGGACCAUUUCAGCCAUCAAUUGGAUGGUUAGGAUGGUUCGAGCAGGUUGGUUUUUGGGUCAAUCUCCAUUCCUCUGUGGGACCCACUAUAAUUGCCGCGAACGAGUUCAACUAUGUUCGGUAGAUGAAGGAAAUGAUGGGAUAAUGUCACGGUCCCAUUGAUAAUCGGAAAGCGGUGCGUCGCCAAAUCAUGAUCGGAUGGACGGUGAUGGGAUGUGGGGUCCAGCGUGCUUGCUCUUAGAAUGUUUAAAAUGGUGAUUGGAUAUGGUGGGCCACGCUUUUCCUCACAGUCAACGUAGCGUCACAUCCUUUUAUUAAAAAUUCCAUAGGGAAUUGGUCGGUGUUUGAAAACCGUGGACUGCAAGGUGGAGCAGAAAGCUCUCUAAGGCCUACCGUCACGCGUGCGUGACAUCCACUCCGUCCAUCUCUGGUGGCACAUCGUGUAAGGACCGUAGUCUAAGGACGAUCCUCGUCUUUGAGGACCAGGUUCUAACACGAGGUGUCCGAAUUUAAGGAUGGAAUGAAUGUGAGAAAAACACGAUAGUGGGCCCACAGAGCUGGGACGUUGGAUUCUCAACAGGUGCUGCGGUGGAUCUCGUUCCAGCUCACCUCAAACAGAAUUCAGAUGUUCUGCAUACUUUUCAGAUUGUCACUUAUCUCCUUUUGAUUAAAAAACAAAAAAAAAGAAAAAGAAAAAGAAAAAAAAAUGGCUGUCCCUAUCUGACGCGUGGAAAGGAUUCUCUUUUUAGGUUACUGAACCGAAUGAACAACAUUGUCAUUUUGCAUCUUUUGUCAUUAGGUAGUCCCGCACAACGCCGUGCCAAAUGGCGAAGCGGUGUUGUACGACUUUUAGGGCAUGAACCGUUUAUCGACGGUCUCGAUCCCUGAAAAUGGCAUACAUAUAUGUUACUAGAGAAUCUCUUAACCCCACCAUUGUAAAUGGAAAAUAGUCUUAGAUUAAUGUAGUUUAUUUCGUGAAAAUAAAAAAAUAAAAAAAUCUAGUACUCUUAGAGCACUAUUACUUCUUGUGCCCGUAGAUGCAGAUGGACACUUAGUACGCUUGAUCAAUUUGGACCGUUCAUUUAAGUUUGAUCAUAUAUGAUAUGGACGGUCAUUAUGUAUGAAAUAUGAUGUGUAAAAGAAGAGUAAAUAGAGAGCCAAAUCGGUACAAAUUUAGGCCAACAUGGCCUUAAUUAAAUUAAAAUGGCUUCAAUAAAUGUUAUAAUAAUAAUAAUAAUCUUAUUUUUAUUAUUUAAAUAUAUAACUUUGCAACCAGUUAUCUAUCGUCUUCUGUGUAUGGAAAGGUAUUGGCUAGCCCUUGGCUAGGUCUAUCUUACCUAACCCUCUUAGGGUAUCUUUCAACCACCCACCAUAUUUAUUUAUUUUUUUAUAAUUAUGGCCAGUUGAUAAUUGGAUUGGGCCAUCAGUCAGGCCACAAUAUUCACCAUUGGACUAGGUUUAGCCCUCAAGCCAAGUUUAGGUGCCCAAGCUUUAGCUCUACAAGGCCAAGCUGCACGGCCUAUUGCCACCCCUUAUUAAAUCUGGUUAUUGCUAGCCAACGGAAUUAGAUUAAUUAUAGAUGAUAUCUACAUCCAUCCUAAUGGAUUUGCAUACACAAAUUUUUCAUUUUGGCUAUUGAGAUUUUACCAAGGGUACCAGCUCUAUACCCAAAAUUCGAAAAUGUACAUGCAAAUCAAUAUUGUGGGGGAUAUUGGUUGUUUCCUUAACUCAUCAAUUGUUAGGAUGUAAUAAUCAUAUCCAAGCCUAUAAUUUUUUCCAUGAGGGAAGAAGGAAAAAUGCUAGGGUGAUAUAUGGCACAUAAAGCAUUGUUUUUAAGUCAAACUUCAGUUUGUGUUUUGCAUUUGGAUAAUCGCUAAAUAUUAUUUUUGAUCGCAAUAGGUUGAUGUUGUGUGUUUGGAUUCAUUUUUACAAACCUUGUUUGGGAUAAUCGUCCAAAUAGUCACUAAAAAUCUGCUCACCAAAAACCAUUCGAUUGGUUUUUUGAAAAGCCGGGCCCCAGUUCGUGUGUGGCCAACCUGUGAAGCAGGGUUGCCCCACCAUGAAAGUUAAAUGAAUUUGAAGGUUUUGGGUGGUUGUUCAUUAGUUUCGAUGGUGUGGUCCACCUAAUAAUUGGAUAGGCCUAUUUAUAGGAAAUCCGAUUAUUUACUGUGGGGAAUACUUGAUGCAUACACACGCUUACAGUAGGUCCCACACAGGCAAUAGCGUAGAAGCAGGUGAAUGAAAAAAUGAAUUAGUAUGGUGUACAACUCUUACAACAGGUGAGUGGAUUUUUACAGCUAAGUGAAUAAGAUGUAGAAUGAGCUCAUUCUACUAAGACACUUCUCGAAGAACCGACCUCUGCAGGAUGCCAGUGGUGAAAUUUCAAAAGUUCAUUUGUCGUGCUCCAUUGGAUUAGAUGCUCUUUCGGGGAGCCGCGACCCCGGAUCCAGCCAGGUUGGUGCCACCUUGACUGUGGGGCCCACCUUGAUGUAUGCUUUGUAUGUCCACUCCAUCCAUCCUUUGGCCAUUUUAUUGCAGAGCUUGAUUAUGAAGCAGAUACAAAUCUCAGGUAGACCAUACUGCCGGAAACUGAAAACAGUGGUUAUUCAAGGUCCACCAUUAAAGCUUCCAAGGGUCCACUUUAUUGUUUAUUUGCCGUCCAACCUGUUGAUAAGGUCACACUGAAUUGGAUGAAGGGAAACACAAAUAGCAGCUUGAUCCAAAACUUUUGUGGCCCUAGGGAGCUUUUAAUUGUGGGAAUUUAAUUUGUACUAUGUGGUCCACUUGAGAUUUGUAUUUGCUUUAUUUUUUGGACAAUGCCCUAAAAUAAGUUGGAAAAACAUAUGGACUGCCUGGAUAUAUAAUGCAUACAUUGAGGUGGGCCUCAGGUAGAUCAAAGUUGCACCCACCUGGCUGGAUCCACUAAUCCGCGUCCCUCUUGUGGGGCGCACUGUAGAAG